GAAUGGACACGAUUUGUAGCUGAUCGUAUUCUAAUACCAGUGAUUGUAAUUCUAGGAAUUGCAGGAAAUUCCUGUAAUAUUGCUGUCUUAAGUAGACCGAAAAUGAGAACAUCAACAAAUGUCUAUCUUACAAACCUUGCUGUUUUUGAUAUGCUAUAUCUGAUAUUUAUGUUAACUUUAUCCAUGAUACACUGCAGGGACAAAGAUAUGUAUGCGUCAAGCUAUUAUUACAUCCCUUAUGGUCGGGCAAUUUCUGAUUUGUUUGGAAACUGUAGCGUGUGGGUGACAGUUUGUUUUACCUUAGAACGUUAUAUAGGCGUCUGUCAUCCAAUGAAAGGUAAAGCCUGGUGUACAGUUCAAAAGGCAAAAUUUAUAACGUUAGUAGUCUUUCUUGUUUGUUUGUGUAAUACUUUGCCGGUAGCGUUUGAAAAUGAAGUUAUAACUGAUAUGGAAAUUAUGCAUACAAAAAAUCUAACGAAGAUUAAUUACAGAUGUGACACAUCAGAGUUUGGUGAAAGAGAAAGUUACCAGUUUGGAUAUUAUUGGUGGUACAUAACGUUAUUUACUUUCGUUCCACUUAUUCUUCUUUCAGUUUUUAAUAUGUUUCUCAUCAAGUCUGUUUGGCAUGCGAACAAACGACGUAAAUUGUUAUCCCAGUCUCAUGUUCUUGGAGAUCACAAUAACCAGUCUAUGGAACAACAGAAGGUCACAACAAUGUUAAUAUCAGUAGUGAUUAUAUUUCUUCUGUGUCAGAUUCCGUGGGCAAUACUAUUGAUCUACAAAGUAUAUGUCUCCGCCUUUAUUAUACCACAUGACAAAGACAAUAUAUUAAUAGCGGGAAACAUUUGUAAUAUGCUUGGUCAGGUAAACGCUUCAAUAAACUUCAUUUUAUAUUCCUACUUUAGUAGCAGAUUCCGAAGAACUUUUAAGAAACUUUUAUGCAGGUGGAAGAAAAAGAACAGAGGUACGAAUAUCAUGAUAUCAGAUUAUCAAUCAAGAAAAUCUGAUUUUACUAAAGAUAGUGUUACAACAUCAUUAAUGGCAUACAGAUAUAGGAGAGAUACAGUAAGAGAGACAAAUCCUAUAUGGAAAGCACCGCACAUUUUGUUAUCUUAG